AUGCCUACUUCUUUACUCCUUUGUUUUUGUGCAAUUAUAAGCUUAGUUGCUUCUGUUUCUGCUCAACAACCACGAGCUUUCUUCGUUUUCGGAGAUUCUCUUGUUGACAGUGACCUAAUCAGUUUGGAGCUUGGCUUAGAACCAACACUUCCGUAUUUGAGUCCUUUCCUAGUUGGAGAGAAGCUUCUAAUUGGUGCCAAUUUUGCAUCUGCUGGAAUUGGAAUUCUCAAUGAUACAGGAUUCCAGUUUUUGCAUAUAAUAGAAUCUACAAACAACUAG